AUGGUCAAGUACCUCCUCGUCGAAGCCUACACCUCCUACAACAUCAUCAUCGGUCGACCUACUUUGAACCAGUUAGGUGCAGUGGUAUCAACCUCACACCUUACCAUGAAAUUCUCCAGGCACAACGGAGACAUAAUUUCCAUAAAAGCAAACCAGAAAAUCGCCCGUCAAUGCUACGUAGAAAGCCUCAAGGUCUCCACGCCAUACGUCUGUCAGCCACCCCAAGCGAUAGUGGCUCACAUCACCAACCCAACACUAUCUAACCUAGACCCCCAAUCUGACUGUACCAAUCAAAGACCAAGCCCUGUGGAUGAGCUCAUGGAAUUCCAAAUAGACCAAAACCCCGACCAGUGCACCAAAGUAAGCCAAAAUAUAAGCCCUGAGCUGCGACAACAAAUAAUUACUGAGAUCGGGGGCGAGAGGCGCGACAUUGUAGCCAAAGAAACUCAGAAGUUGCUCACCCCAGGAUUCAUUCGAGAAAUCAUCUACAAUACAUGGCUCGCCAAUGUGGUGCUAGUGAAGAAGAAUACUAGCAAAUGGAGAAUGUGCGUCAACUAUACCGACCUCAACAAGGCAUGUCCAAAGGACGCUUACCCACUACCAAGCAUAGAUAGGUUGGUGGACGGUGUGUUCGACCACGCUCUCCUCAACUUCCUGGAUGCCUACUCAGGCUACAACCAGAUCUCGAUGUACCCUCUGGACCAGGACAAAAUAGCAUUCAUCAUCGUCCACGCCAACUUCUGUUAUCGAGUAAUGCCUUUCGGCCUCAAAAACGCCGGUGCUACCUACCAAAGGCUAAUGGACAAAGUCUUCCAUCAGCAGAUCGGAAAAAAACAUGGAGGUCUAUGUUGA